AUGAUAUAUCUACCUAACCUAAAAUCACCUUCAAUCCAUUUAUUCCUAUUCACAUUUUUAGUAUUCUUAACAUGUAUCACAUGUCGAAGGGAAGAUCAACAUAAAAGUGGACAUCAGAAAAGAGAUUUUCAUACAUUAUCUAAUGAAAAGGUGAAGAAAUUGGUCGAAUUAGAUCCUCCACAAUGGAAUAGUGUAACUGAAGGUCAUUUGGGAAAAUUAUUGAUUCCAAGAGCGUCUGGCUCAGAAAACAAUACCCUGGUACAGAAUUACAUUUCUUCGGUAUUUACUAAACUAGGAUGGCAUGAAGAGAAGACACCUUUCACCGAUACGACGCCUAUAGGUGAAAUAGAAUUCACCAAUCUGAUAUACACGUUCGAUCCUUCUGCACCUAGGAAAUUGGUUCUAGCUGCUCAUUUCGAUUCUAAAUGGUUUCCUGAUUUUCCUGCUAAUCAAUUCAUAGGAGCUACAGACUCAGCGGCACCAGUAGCACUCCUGCUUCACCUAGCGGAAUUCUUAACACCUUUAUUGAAUUCAAGGAAAAGUAGAAUAUCUUCUGGGAAUGGUAUAUUGAAUGAAAUCUAUGAUGAAGAUGAAUUGGCAGAAACCACUAUUCAAAUAGUGAUGUUUGAUGGAGAAGAAGCUUUCAGAGAUUGGACUAAUACUGAUAGUAUCUAUGGUGCUAGGUACCUAGCUGAAACUUGGCAAGAAACAUUCUUACCUUCUUCCCAUCCGUUAAACCGCCGCAGACUAUCUCCACCGCCUUCUAUACUAAACACGAUAGACGUGUUAGUUUUACUGGAUCUGCUAGGGAACAAACAUGCUAAAAUAAAUAGUUUCUUUAGAGAAACAGAUUGGUUACAUGAUCAGAUGAGAUCAGCGGAUGAGAGGUUACAGCAUGAUAACUUGAUAGAAGUUGAAAAAGGUGAAAAGGAAUGGUUUGGCAGAUUAAAAUUGAGAGGUGGUAUAGGGGAUGAUCACGUUCCCUUCUUAGCUAGAGGAGUUAGCAUCUUCCAUGUGAUCUCAAAUCCAUUCCCAUCGGUAUGGCAUACCUUGAAGGAUGAUGCUACAGCCCUGUCAUUGCCCGCGUUGAGAAGGUGGAAUCGAGUUUUACGAGUCUUCACAUGUGAAUAUUUAGGUCUUGAUCCUGAUACGAUAGAUACUCGAUCAACCAAACGAUCAGUUGAUGAAUUAGUGCGUAUUCUUGAUCAAUCGCCUGUUGAUCAAAAGGCUAAGGAGGGUCGCUGA